AUGGAUUCCAUUGCUGCUGCUCAGCCCGGCACCCAGCCCACUCACAAUUCUGAGAAGAAGCUCCACGAUGUCGACAUCGAGGGAGCGGAUGCGGUGCGCAAAGUUGAGGAAUCAAUGAUGCCUGAUCACUCCGCUCAGAAGGGUAUCAGGAACGUAGAGGCUGUGACCCUGUCCUGGACGAAGACGUCGCUAGCCUGUGCAUUCGUAUGCAUGUGGUUCCUAUACCUUACCAAUGGCUUCCAAUCAAACAUCACCUCCAACCUGACACCCUAUGUCACAUCCGACUUCCAAGAACACUCGCUCAUAACUGUCAUCAGCGUCGUUUCAAAUUCCAUGGCCGCGGCUGCGUACAUCCCAGUAGCCAAGCUGCUCGAUCUCUGGGGUCGUGCAGAGGGAUUCGCAUGCAUGGUGUGCCUCGCUACUCUUGGGAUGAUCCUGAUGGCCACUUGCAACGGCAUAGCACAGUUCUGCGCGGCGCAGGUGUUUUAUUCCAUCGGAUUCGGUGCAAUGAUUUACUGCGUCGACGUCAUCACGGCUGAUUCAUCGAGCUUGAAACAUCGAGGUUUGGCGUUUGCCUUCACGUCGUCGCCUAACAUUAUUGUGGCCUUUGCUGGCUCCAAGGCUGCCGAAGCUAUCAACAAUAACAUCAGUUGGCGUUGGGGCUUUGGUGCCCUUGCCAUCAUUUUGCCAUUCGUGGCUUCGCCGCUGUUUGUCAUUUUGAAGCUCAACCUUCGAAAGGCGAAGCAUGAGGGUGUACUCCACCGCGAGCCGAGUGGACGCACAAUGAUGCAGAGUAUCAUUUUCUAUUUCAGAGAGUUUGAUGUGCCUGGUGCAUUCCUUCUGGCUGCCGGUCUCGUCAUCUUCCUGCUCCCGUUCACUCUGGCAACCUCCGCACCCUCAGGAUGGUCCACUGGCUACAUUAUUGCCAUGCUUGUGGUCGGCUUCUUCCUUCUUAUCUCAUUCGGGCUCCACGAACGCUUCACGGCCCAAAAGCCCUUCUUACCCUACGAGCUCCUCACCAGCCGCUCUGUUCUCGGGGCGUGUCUGCUGUGUUUCACGUAUCAGAUUUCCUACUACGCUUGGAACAGCUACUUCACCUCCUUUCUCCAAGUUGUGACUGACCUCACUAUUGCCGAGGCCGGUUAUGUGAACUCAACUUUCGAUGUCCUUUCUGGCGUCCUGCUACUCACUGUCGGUUUUAUCAUUAGCAAGACUGGAUACUUCCGCUGGCUGCUAUUCAUUGCCGUACCUCUCUAUAUCCUCGGUCAAGGCCUGAUGAUUUAUUUCCGCCACCCCAACACCAGCAUCGGGUAUAUCGUCAUGUGCCAGAUCUUCAUUUCUGUUGGUGGCGCCAUCAUCAUCCUGUGUGAGCAGAUUGCCGUCAUGGCUGCCGCAGACCAUCAGCACAUUGCCCCCGUGUUAGCACUACUUAGCAUCUCUGGCUUGCUAGGCGGCGCUGUCGGUAACACCAUCUCAGGCGCCAUCUGGACGAACUCGUUCCCGCAGGCACUGCAGCGACUGCUGCCCGAGGACGCAAUGGAGAGCUAUGACGAUAUUUACGGCAGUUUGGAGACGCAGCUGAGCUAUGCAAAGGGGACCGCUACGAGGAUUGCAAUUGAGCAGGCAUAUGGAAUCGCACAGAAGAGGAUGCUGAUUGCCGGUACCGUCAUCAUCGGCUUGGCGCUUGUGUGGAUCUUCAUGAUCAAGAACUUCAAUGUCGCAAGGAUGCACCAGACCAAGGGUCUCCUCUUCUAA